AUAAAAUACUAGUAAUGCGUGGACAGUGGUUUAUUGAUGGUACUUGGCAGCCUCUAGAAGAAGAAGAAAGUAAUUUAAUUGAGCAAGAACAUCUCAGCUGUUUUAGAGGUCAGCAGAUGCAGGAAAAUUUUGAUAUUGAAGUGUCAAAAUCCAUAGAUGGAAAAGAUGCUAUUCAUAGUUUCAAGUUGAGUCGAAAUCACGUGGACUGGCACAGUAUGGAUGAAGUAUAUCUUUAUAGUGAUGCAACAACAUCUAAAAUUGCAAGGACAGUAACCCAAAAACUGGGAUUUUCUAAAGCAUCAAGUAGUGGGACCAGACUUCAUAGAGGUUAUGUAGAAGAAGCCACAUUAGAAGACAAGCCAUCACAGACUACCCAUAUUGUAUUUGUCGUGCAUGGCAUUGGGCAGAAAAUGGACCAAGGAAGAAUUAUCAAAAAUACAGCCAUGAUGAGAGAAGCUGCAAGAAAAAUAGAAGAAAGACAUUUUUCCAACCACGCAACACAUGUUGAAUUUCUGCCUGUUGAGUGGCGGUCAAAACUUACUCUUGAUGGAGACACUGUCGAUUCCAUUACUCCUGACAAAGUACGAGGUUUAAGGGAUAUGCUGAACAGCAGUGCAAUGGACAUAAUGUAUUAUACUAGCCCACUUUAUAGAGAUGAACUAGUUAAAGGCCUUCAGCAAGAGCUGAAUCGAUUAUAUUCCCUUUUCUGUUCUCGGAAUCCAGACUUUGAAGAAAAAGGGGGUAAAGUCUCAAUAGUGUCACAUUCUUUGGGAUGUGUAAUCACUUAUGACAUAAUGACUGGCUGGAAUCCAGUUCGACUCUAUGAACAGUUGCUGCAGAAGGAAGAAGAGUUGCCUGAUGAACGAUGGAUGAGCUAUGAAGAACGACAUCUGCUGGAUGAACUCUAUAUAACAAAGCGACGGCUGAGAGAAAUAGAAGAACGGCUACAUGGAUUGAAGGCGUCAUCCAUGACACAAACACCUGCCUUAAAAUUUAAGGUUGAGAAUUUCUUCUGCAUGGGAUCCCCACUAGCAGUUUUCUUGGCAUUGCGUGGCAUCCGCCCAGGAAACACUGGAAGUCAAGACCAUAUUUUGCCCAGAGAAAUCUGUAACCGGUUACUAAAUAUCUUUCAUCCAACAGAUCCAGUGGCUUAUAGAUUAGAACCAUUAAUACUGAAACACUACAGCAACAUUUCACCCGUCCAGAUCCACUGGUAUAAUACUUCCAAUCCUCUACCUUAUGAGUACAUGAAGCCAAGCUUUCUCCACCCAGCAAAAGAACCUACCUCAAUUUCAGAGAAUGAAGGCAUUUCAACAAUACCAAGCCCUGUGACCUCACCAGUCUUGUCCCGCCGACACUAUGGGGAAUCUAUAACAAAUAUAGGCAAAGCAAGUAUAUUAGGGGCUGCUAGCAUUGGAAAGGGCCUUGGAGGAAUGUUGUUUUCAAGAUUUGGACGUUCAUCUACAUCACAGUCGUCUGAGGCAUCAAAAGACUCAAUAGAAGACGAGAAGAAGCCAGUUGCCUCACUUCCCACGACCACUGUUGCAACACAGACCCUUCCACACAGCAGUUCUGGCUUUCUGGAUUCUGCAUUGGAAUUGGAUCACAGAAUUGAUUUUGAACUCAGAGAAGGACUUGUGGAAAGCCGCUACUGGUCAGCUGUUACGUCGCAUACUGCCUAUUGGUCUUCCUUGGAUGUUGCCCUCUUUCUUUUAACCUUCAUGUACAAACAUGAGCACGACAAUAAUGCAAAACCCAAUUUAGAUCCAAUCUGAACUCUUGAAGGACAUUAAUGGCCCAAAACUGAUUUCUUUCUGUUAAAAUAUGUGUGUCAAGAUAUGGACAUUUCAGGUUUAAGUGUGUUUCGGUUUUGUUUAGGGCAAGAAACAUUUAAAUUUAAAAGCACUUUAUUUAAAAAAACAAAAAUAUUUUUUCAGUCUGAAAGAAAUUAUUUACAGUUUUCAUCAUUUUAAUUAUGAGUCUGACAGAACCCCCUGCAGAAAAUCAAGCACGACCUGGAAUUGAGUUUGGGUUAUAAAUCACAAUCUAAUUUCUCCAAAUAUAAAGGCAUAUUAGUUGAAUCUAAUGUAUUAACCAAAAUAUGUUGUAAAUCUAAAAUGGCCAAGGUCUAGUGUAGUCUAUGUAAAGAUCACUGGUGGUAUCACUGUUGUAGAUUCCUAUGAAAGCUUCUAUUUCCAUAGUUCUUUGAAACAAGAGGAUGACAGGUUUCAAGUGUUUUGAAUUUAACUUGCUUAGAAAAAUCAAUGCUAAAAAAGAAACAAUGAACUACUGUAUUUAUAAUUUAUUACCUCUAACGGCUUUAUUUCAAUAUAUGAAAUAUGACAUUUUUUAAAUGUUUCCUUUGAACAAUUUAAUAACCACCUUUGUUUUCUAUAGCAUUAACACCCUUUUUUCCUUAAAACUCCAUCUUUAUACUCUUCAGAUGAAUAUAUAGACACUGUGGCAUACUUUCAGUAUUUUUUUCAUUAAAAACUUGUGGUUUCACAUAAUUAACACUAGUUAUUUUGAAAAAAAUGAACUUUUUAUUAUGUCACAUGUACCUCAGAGAAAGCUAAAGUUUUCUAAAUUUGACACAAAGUACUCCAUCGUGGCUACAUUUCAUUAACUUUAUUGGACAAUUAGUAAACAGCUUUGGAGUAGUGAGUACUACGACUAUUUUAAAUAUAUAAACAUCGGUGUGCCAAACAAUUAACAUAUAUAAAGGGAUGGAGUGCCACUAACACAUUUUACUUGUGAAGUGUUUAAGAAAACCUGGUUGAGACACAAGGCACAUAGAUCAGGAUUCUAAGGCACUGGGAGAGUUUUCCUCCACUGUGAUUGUCUCCACAGUGCUUCUCAUCUGAGGAGCCCAAAGUGCUUUAAGACUCAGUCAUCUAUGUGGUAGCUCCUUGAGGUAAGUAAAUGAGUGUUUUUCUCAUGUUACGUGUUAAUACACUAAGGCACCAAAACAUUUUAAAGUGCCUUGAAUUAGAUUACAGAGCAAACAGAAGAGCUCAGAUUGAGGCUAGACUACAUUCUUUUAUAUGCUGUAGUGACUAGUAAUUCACAUGUGACCUCUUAGUUUGCAAACAAUAAUAAUCACAGAAGUUGCAAUGCGUAAUUUGGAGAAGAGACUGUGAAACCAAUAUUUUACCCUACCUUUCGAAUAUGUUCUGGGGUUCUCACAUAUAGAGGAGAGUUACUUAGGGGAGAUCAUCUCUACCCCAACCAACCCUCACUUCCGAGUGGCUUCUACUAGGUUCCACUUAAGGUGCUUUCUUCACUUAUCUUACAAGGGUUUUCUUAUUUGCCCAGUUGGGUCAGUUGCACAUCUCACCUACUCCUUUCUUCACAAAGUAGUGGAAUCCAUAGGCUCACCUAUAGGUUUUCCUACGGCACCGUCAGUCUUCUUGUCUAUUCUGGCCUUUCAUUGAAUUUGCACAACAGAAAGCACUUCUUCUUAGUGCUUAAAAAGAUCCCAAGGCUCCAUGACCAAAUAUGUGACUCCCCGAGAAAUGCUUGCUAUAAAAGGCUUUUGAUGAAAUCUUAGCAAAGCUGAAGCAGUCUCUUUCGAAUUUAGAGAUUCCUGUGAACUCAGGUCAUUUUCAUACCCUAGUUUAUUUCAUAAGUCUAAUUUAGUUCUCAGGAAAAUUAAACUCCUGUCUCAUAUGACUGUAUCAUUAAAGGUACUUGAGCAUAUGUUGCUGUAGAUGGUGUGACACUCAAAUGUUUAGGAGCUUUAAGGGAUUCAUUCUUAACCACUAGAAUGUGAAGAGCCCUUUUUACCUGAGAAGAGUAGAGUAUCAAACCUUUUAAUUUGCUAUUGAGUAAAAAAAAAAAAGAUACAGCUAUUAGGUAUAUUAUCUGCUCAUUUUUCAUGUUGAGGAAACAAACUUAACCAUAUGGAGUUUAUUUGAAUUCUUGAAAAGAGCAACACUCCCCCCUUGGCAAAAUGAGAUAUUCUGGAUUACUGAACAGGUAUUUUGUUUUCAUUAUUUCAUCAAUAGAGAUGGUGAUCUUGAUUUGAUAGUACUCUUCUUGUUUCCAUGUCUCUGCAUGUUAUCAUGGAAUGUACUUGUAUAUACUCAAGUAAUAUACAGAGUAUGUGUAAUUCUGGCUUGAUUUAGAAGCUAAGUCCGUUACUGAGUAACAUUUUGCAACUUUAUUCCAGCAAGUACUAAAUUGGCCAAAAAGUUCUGUUUUUGAUACCAUUAAAAUUUUAUUCUCUA